UGUUAACGUAUCGGAGUACAGGGAAAGAGUCACGGCUCUACGCGGCCGAUCUGUUGGGAUCCUCUGAACGCUGUGAGGAGUUUGCUCACUCUGCUACAGCCAGAGUUAUACGAGCGUCACUCGGCGCGGCUUGGAGUAAGUUGGAGUGAAUGGGUUUGUAGUAAGCGGUUGCAGUUGUAGUAAGAUCUAUACCGCUCCUGUCGAACUGACCACGCUGGUGAUUGGUAGGCGGGUCCGAGAUCACGUGACUUUAUCAGCACGCGCCAGGUCACAUGGUUACUGCCAACUGGUGUUCGCCUGUGGGAUUGUGGUAUAGGGGAAUUCCUGUACACGUCGAAGGAACAUCAAUCAGCUGGCCGGUGGAUUCUAUAGGUUGUCGCUCACAGUCGGAAGGAGAGGGGUAACGUUGAUCAUUACAUCGCGACUGGUAGACAGAGCCUGCUCAAUGAGAGGAUAAUCUCAAGGGACGCCUGUUGGAUAGCGGCAACAGUGGACGAUAUAAUUAUACCAUUAAAUCAAUGAAAAGGAUUGAGAGAGUGUCCGAAAUUUGAGGACUGGAGAGUCACACGGAACUGAAGCAUGAAUAGGAUGUGUCAUUGAUGAAAAAGGCUAUGGGGUUACUACCGACGAGAAAGUGUUCAACAGUUUGAAACCCUGUGUGAUUAAUUUUCUUAAGUUUUCCAAGUGUUGGUCGACAAUCUCUAAAACUGGCGCUGAAAAAAUUCUCUGCUUCCUCCUAUUUCGGAAAGAAAUUAUCCUCGUGGAGGACGAGGUUCGAUGAUGUCAUCACUGACCAAAUCCACAAGUGGAAAGCCAGUUGCACAUGGGGCAGACGACACCCCAGCACUGGCACGUGCGUUGCCAAAGCAACCGAGACCAAAGAGACAGAGGCCAAAGCUGAUGAGCCUCCAUCACAAACCCAAACCAUGGCCCUGACACCUGUGUCCAUCCUGUGGUCACUACUGUCCAUUUUCGUGGCCUCAACAUGUACAGUGACCUUUUUCUACCCUGCGUGGGUCACCCACCCGGACCGACUCCAUUCAUUCGGGGUGUUCAGAUACUGUGUGAGGAAUCUUGAGAUCCUCAUCCCCACCCCUAGGUGCAUCAGCUACGGAGGCAACCCCACCCUGGGUAGGAUUCCUGCUGGGGCGUGGCAGGCCUCGUGUAUCCUGUACGGAGGGGGCUGUAUUCUUAUGUGUGUGUCAGCGUUAUUGACAGUCCUCGUGUUGUGUGUGGACAAACGUAAACAUAGACGCUUGGCGUUAAUCAAUGGCUAUCUACAGACUGUUGCAGUGUUGAUCAUGGCUGCUGGGCUUCUGAUGUACCCACUUGGUUUCUCGACGCCAUUUUUCCAGUAUUACUGUGGAGAAGGGGCGGGGCCCUAUUCAACAGGCCACUGUCAGAUUGGCUGGAGCUACAUGCUGGCCAUUAUGGGCGUGUCUCUCUCCAUCUUUUGUCCAAUACUGUCCAACUUUGCUGACGUCAAGUACGACGAGGACGAUUAUUUGGCGUUUGUAUGACGUCAUGUGUGAUGUCAUUCUGACGUCAUAAGUGAUACGAAAAAAACUGAAUACGAUUCAUGUAUCGCGUGUGAUAACAUGUAUUAUGUCAUGUAUGACAUCAAGAUGUAUAUUUUCCUAUGUACAGCUUAUGGAUUACUGUAGAAUUCUUCAUCAGAACAGGCGUAGCGGUGAAGUCAUUCGUCCUUAUCUUCUCGAGGCAAGGCAGUUAAUAGACGAUAAAAGUCCUGCUGCCAUCAUUCCCGAACUAGGCUAGAAUUUCUAGUUAUAUUUUGGCUAUAUGAAUAGUCCAAUCAAAAUCGUGUAACGGAAUCGACAUCCGGUUCGAUGGCGACUGCAGUGAGGGAAUUCGGUCGUUUGCAGAUUUGCAAAUUAUGUGUACCUUCAACUUGGCGUCGACAGAUAUUUUCCAAAUCUUUCCUUUUUUGUUGUCAUCAAUGUGCUCAAGCGUUGUGCUACAAUCCACAUGUACUGGUUGAGGCAUGGAAUGUGAAACUUUUCUUUUAACAUGAUCAGAUGGGGCGACGCCAUUUUGUUCGGUACGAGAGGUGGAAUCUGAUUGGUCAAUAGGAGGGACAUAGAAGGGACAUAACUCGUAAGAGGCACUGAUGGCGCUAUGAUCGGGACACGAAAUGCCAGCUGAGUUCGGCGAUAGUGGAAACUGGACAUUUAACUCCCUUGCCUCAAGAAGAUGUUCGCCCAUGAAGAAACUCCACACUUCCUCAAUAACGCAAUUCAAUACUGCCAGCAUUACAGAGGGAACACGUGGCUCUAACCAUCGUAAGCUGUCUCCUUAAGCUUCGUCUGUCUGUAAAAUGUGGUGAAGAUGAAGAGAUCAUUAACAAUGUGACGACACCUGUGAAACAUUAUAUGAUGACAAUGCUGAGGCAUCAAAAUUGAUUCAGGUCAUGAAACAGCAUUUUAUCAAUUCUAUCAUCCAGUUCGAUCAAAAAAGACUCGCUAUCCUUCUUAAAAAGCUUCUCAGUUCACACAGAACAGGUCGACAACCAUCUGAACAUUGGGACCAAGAAAGUGAUCUACCUUCAAGAAGCGUAAAAUUCCAUGUCGAAAACUUCGCGGAAAAUAUGGUGAUAAAAUGUUGUUUCAUGACGAGAUGACGGACAUCUACAAAUGCAGAUCUGAACAUCGUGCAUUACCACAUAACAGACACACGAUCUCGAACGUAUUAUAUAUGUGUGAUAAGUGCAAUGGACAACUGUUGUCAAUUUCCAAUGAUUUGUAUAUUUUGUGUUUUUCCUGUACAAUAUUGUGCUGACUAUACCCCCUUCAUCAGUGUUUCAUGUACAAACAAACGCGCACUGUAUCCAAAAAGUAAUGUAUCAUCGUUAAAAAAGCAUGUACACUUUAUUGAGAGCGGUUGUAUUAACCAAAGGUACUUCAACUCAUACCUAUAUACUGAACAAAAAAUGUUAAGGAUCUCUAAUAUUUUGAUAAGUCCUGAAUUAGUUGUCUGCUCCGUAUUCACUUCGAAAAUAUAUCGCCAAAAUAUGCAUGAUCCCUAACCUUUUUUGUUUAGUAUAUGAAGACGGUAAAUUAUAUUGUUGUUGCAUUUCAAAAACUUGUUAAACCGGUCAACACUGAACAAAUCAUAUCGUACAUAAGCAGUGAGACCUCGUUAAUCUGGACUGUUAGUCCGGAAACCUCACAUUCAGGACGAUGUUGUUGCGAACGUCCAUAUAAAUAUACAGCAGCAUUACUCCGCAGCCACGAUUAAUUAAUCCGGACAUGUCUUAAUCCGGACGAUUUCACAAGGAAUUACACAGUCCGGAUUAAAGAGGUUUCGUUUUCCAUGUUUCAUCACUUCCAUUAAAGGUAACUUAAAUUGUUAAUAUUUUAUGAUGUGAUGUGAUGUAAAAGUCGUCACAAUAUUUGACAUAAAUCAAAUUUGUAUGUUAAACUACUUGAAGCAAAUCUAUAUCAUAUAUCAGGUUAUUAUGUUUGACAGUUCGCUUUACAUUUUCUGUCAAUCACCACGGCUUUGACCUAUGAAAUAUUUUUCCUCAUCUAUGAGCAAUUUGAUUUCAAUAUCUCCAGUUAUGGCAAAAGUGUAUCGUCAUUUCAUCGUACCAUUUCUCACUGACUCGCACAGCCCAAGACUACAGAUUACCACGUAUUUGGUGACGAGCUGAUGUUUCAAAUGUGGACAUGUUAUUUUGAUCAGUGCCGUGUGCAGUUUAAUUUAAUGCGAAUAUGACGUAUCACUGUAUUAUAUUCGUGUUCCUUGUGUCAAGAUUUACGUUCAAGAAGUCCAAAUGUUAUUCAAGCAUUCAAAAGCAUUAAAUAUGUUUUGAAGAAAUAAAUGAUGAUACAAUUGA